AUGGAGCCCUCAAAAUGUACCCGUUUAGUUACACCACUACUAAUUGCCUGCACAUGUAUUUUAAGUCCUUUGCUGGAAGUUGAUGCCCAUAUAUUGGUGUAUCGACGCAUAACCAAUCAGCUAAUUGAAGAAUACAAUGAUAUGCCAGCCCAGUUUGGUCCUAGUCUAACAUCUAGCGGUAUUAAGGUAUUUGCUGUGCCAGCCGAACCCAAUGAUGCUUGUGGGAAAAUAGCAAAACCCCCACAUAUGGCCGGCUAUCCCAGUAAUGCAAAAUUUGCAGCUAUAAUACAAAGAGGUGGUGUGGACUGUACAUUUGAAUUGAAGGUACGCAAUGCUCAGGCGGCAGCAUUCGAUGCUGUGGUUAUCUACAACAAUAUGAGUGAUGAUUUGGAACACAUGUCAGCACAAAAUUCCAGUGGUAUUAUGAUACCAGCGGUAUUUGUGGGCCACACAACCGGAAUGAAUUUGAAAUCAUUCUUUACACCCGAAAUUGUUUUAGUCAUAAAUGAUGAGCUGCCUUUUAAUAUUAAUACCCAAUUGAUUUUACCAUUUUCCAUAUUAAUUGGUUUAUGUUUUCUGGUGAUGAUCUUCUACAUGAUCUACAAAUGCAUACGUGAAGAAAGACGUUUGAGACGUUAUCGUUUGCCCAAACGUAUGCUGAAGAAGUUGCCGAUAAUCAAAUUUACGAAAAAUAGCAACAUAGCCUAUGACACCUGUGUCAUUUGUAUAGAAACCUUUGCCGAGGGCGAUAAACUGAGAGUGUUGCCAUGCAAACAUCCCUAUCACAGUGAUUGCAUUGACGUUUGGCUAACCGAAAAUAAACGCGAAUGCCCAAUUUGUAAGCGUAAGGUUUUUACGAAAGGCGAAGCCCGAUCACAACGGAAUCGACAGUCUUCAUUGGAUAGUAUAGUCGAUACUGAUGAUGAUACAGCGCCAUUGUUACAACAAUCAUCGCAGAGUUCAUUGACAACAACAAUGUCAUCGAAUAAUUCAACACGGCAUGGUACAUUUCAGCGUGGUGCAGCCGAUGUUACAUCGGAUGAUGAAAAUAUGCUAUCGUCUACCCCUACUCGCCGCAUCAAUCCCUUUGACCGUUCUCCAAAUUUACCACCACAUUUGGCGGCCCAACUUAACAAUGACGGCUCCAGAAGUUUCUUUUGGUCUUUGCCGGUAUUCAGAUGGUUAAGACGUCAACCAACCACAAUUAGUGUGGCAGCACCACCUUAUCAAGAGGACAUAUUAAGUGAUGUUAUAGCUGGUGAACCAAGGGCGACAAAUUCCACCACCAUGGCCACCAGUGUACCCACACAUUCAUCCAAUAAUGUUCUAAAUCCGAAUUUAAGUGGUUCAUUUAAGGACGAGGAAGAUGAUGAGCCGCCAUUACAGUGUAUAUAUGAACCUGCAUCGAACGUGAUCACAUCCAAUCCCAUACAGCAACCUGCUGCUGGUGGUGGGUUAGAUAAUAAUCCACAACAACAGCCUAUUGUGACAAAUGAAACAGAUUCGGUGUUUAUACAGACCCCGACACAAGGUGGCAUUGCGGUGGCUGCAUUGCCCAGGGAUGGCAAUGACCCCCCUAUCCAUGCAAAUAGUAAUAAUGCUAGGUUUUGGUAA